AUGGCGCGAACCAUCACUUUUGACAUCCCUUCAUGCUAUCAGCUUGUAGAGCUUGUGGGCGAGGGAGCAUACGGAACGGUGUGCUCGGCCGUCCACAAGCCGUCUGGGACAAAGGUAGCCAUCAAGAAGAUCCAGCCGUUUAGCAAGCCCAUGUUUGUUACUCGCACUCUGCGAGAACUGAAGCUGCUCAAGCUCUUUCACAGCCACGAGAAUAUUAUCAGCGUCUUGGACGUUGUCCGCCCUUUAUCCAUGGAUAAGUUUCAAGCGGUGUAUUUAGUGCAAGAACUCAUGGAAACAGACCUCCACAAGGUCAUCAAUGGCGGGGGAUCUAGGCUUAGUGAUGAUCACAUCCAAUACUUUACGUACCAGAUAUUGAGAGCCCUCAAAGCCAUCCACAGCGCACAAGUCAUUCAUCGCGACAUCAAACCUUCAAAUCUGUUGUUAAACUCUAAUUGCGACCUUAAGGUAUGCGAUUUUGGGCUUGCAAGGUGUCUAGCUUCAAGUACGCAUUCCAGACAAAACCUUGUUGGUUUCAUGACCGAAUACGUUGCCACGCGCUGGUACAGAGCUCCUGAAAUUAUGCUCACAUUUCAAGAAUAUACAACUGCUAUGGAUAUAUGGUCUUGUGGUUGUAUUUUGGCUGAAAUGAUCACAGGAAAGCCGCUAUUCCCGGGUCGCGACUACCACCAUCAACUAUGGCUCAUUUUAGAAACACUGGGAACGCCGUCUUACGAGGACUUUGAAAACAUCAACUCCAAGCGCGCUAAAGAAUACAUUGCCAAUCUGCCGCUACGACAAAAGCUACCUUGGCAAGUUGUUCUCCAAACACAGAAUGUGAACCCGGAGGCCAUAGAUCUUUUGGACAGAAUGCUUACAUUCAACCCAGACAAACGUAUCAGCGCGUCAAAUGCUCUGAGCCAUCCUUAUCUGAGAGUAUAUCACGACCCAGACGACGAACCCGAGUAUCCACCCUUAGAUCUUGAAGAUGCGUUCUGGAAAAUCGACAAUAACCUCAAGCAACCUUCCGAAGAGAACGAACUUUCCAUGGACACUUUGAAACAAAUGCUUUUUGAAGAGGUUGGAAAAUCACUGCAUUGA